CCUCUUCCUCUUUCUCUUCCGUUCUUCUGUAGUUAUGGUGUUCAUUAACACUCAACUAGGCACUUCUUCUGUCUUCCGUAACGUCUCUCUAAUCCUUUUAUAUAGAGUUUACGAAGUUAGCUCCCAACCCUUUUCUGUUCACUCCUCAUAGCAUCGUUUUCAUCAUUUUGAUACUCUUGCAAAAAUGACUCCACCGGCUGUCUUCGCCGCCGUCUCUGCCGUCGCCCCCGUCUUUGUCGUCCCCGCCGUCUCCGCAGACGCCGCCGUCUCCGCCGCCGCCGCCGUCCCAUACACCAUUUUCGGCUCACUCCGACUUGGCAGGACCGCCCAGUCUUUGGUCGGUAGACUCAUCCGGUUCUGGGAUGCUAAGGAUAUCGAUAAGAACGGGGAACUAUUGGGAAUAACCUUUCUACUACUUGAUGAGAAGGACUCGGUGAUACACGGUUUCAUCCCCGCUAACCGGGUCAGCCAUUACCGGUCAUCACUGGUGUCCGGUUCAAUUGUCAGAUUGGAGUGCUUUGAGGUUGCAAGGGUGUCCCAUAUGUAUAAGGUCACCGAACAUCAGUUUGUGAUUCGAUUCCUUCCUUCAACACGAAUGGUCGGAGACCAAGUGGUUGGUCCUGUGAUCAAAACCAACGGCUUCAUGGUGAGGCGUAUUGGCCAUCUGCAAGUUCUUGCCAAUACUAACUUGGAGCUUCCAGAUGUUGUAGGAGAGAUCCGAUCGGUGCAGGGUUCCGAUCUGGAGAACAACGCAGACACGAGCAGGAUUCUUGUCUGUCUCCUUAUCGAACCGUAAGUCAUUUUGAAGUUUUAUAUUCUCUCAGGUUGGGAAGCAUGCUCUGUUUUAAAAAUUUUAAUGGUGUUGUGAUGUCUAUCUGUGAAAUUAUUGUUCUGUUGUGUUGUCUGAGUUUUGGCUUCAUAAAUCUUGGUUCGGUUGAGAUUAUUAUUCUGUUGUGUUGUCUAAGUUUUGGCUUCAUAAAUCUUCGGUGAAGUUUUAUAUUCUCUCAGGUUGGGAAGCAUGUUCUGUUUUAAAGAUUUUAAUGGUGUUGUGAUGUCUAUCUGUGAAAUUAUUGUUCUGUUGUGUUGUCUGAGUUUUGGCUUCAUAAAUCUUCGGUUCGGUUGAGAUUAUUGUUCUGUUGUGUUGUCUAAGUUUUGGCUUCAUAAAUCUUCGGUUCUGUUGCUAUUACAGGGCUGUGACCGUUUACGUGUCCUUACGGGAUGAUGCUGCAUCAAGCUUCAGGGGUUUUUUGAAGGUUGCAGAUAGCUCCCAGUCUGUUAUGUUGGUGACCUCGGUUAGUCCUAAGCUGUUUGGAGGGAACCUGUACUUGAAUUCCACCCAAGGAACUAGGUUCUUUUUUGACACCAGCCUCCCUGAGAUAGCAGAGUUUGUAAGCAGUAUCGGAGCUACAGCAGCUCAGGGAUACACCUAUGUAACUCAGGAACACCUUGAGAGCUUCCCUCCCCACGUUGAGGAAAACGUCGGACUUGCAGCUUCAUCUUCUGGGCCUGCUAUGUUGGGAAACAAGAUGGAUGAGGAGUGUGCUUCAGACACCCCUCCAGGGGAGUCAGAUGCUCAGAAGAAGCGCAAGAGUGGUGGCAGUGAGUAAUUGGGAAACCUUUUCCUGUU